ACUAUUGUUUGCUAUACCUUCUUUCAACAUUGGUAUCAUAUAACACAUCUAAUUGCACUUGUUAUCGCCUAUACGCCAUCCCAAGACGAAAUACCUCAUCACACACUCUGCGUUGUCGACGUUCAACGCAGGCGCAGUGAGGCAAAAGGAGCGGUCGUCCCAUCACUUCAGUCUGACUACAGAGCUUACAGUGAAUAGACACUAGGACCUACCCGGGUAGCAACUGAUCCUUCUAAGCAACAAGCUGUCAGAGAAUUACAGGAGUUUUCCUACUUAAAGUGAAGUAUACCGUUAAACAUUUAGUCCGUAGGAACUUUGCUAAAAUGUUUCAAGCAAAGUUUCGCAUUUGGACUAAAUUUAUACCAAUUUGUUCUUUGCUGGUCACUACCGCUUCGUUACCAGAAGUUAUUAAAAUAGGUGGAAUAUUCGAUAUUUAUGACGACGAACAAGAAUUGGCUUUCCGAUAUGCCAUCGAUCGCAUCAAUACCGAUAACAGUAUUCUUCCAAAAUCAAGACUUUCACCUCAGAUCAGAAGACUAAGCCAGCAUGAUAGUUUCCAUGCUUCUAAAAUAGUAUGCGAAUUUUUAAAGAUGGGAGUUGCAGCCAUAUUCGGUCCACGUUCGCCAUCUUUAUGCAACACUAUCCAGUCAACUUGCAAUACUUUUGAAGUCCCAAAUGUAUACAUGUGGUGGAAUGUUGGAUUUCGAUCAUAUCAUCACUCAAUCAAUGUCUACCCGGAUACAUCAGCACUUAGUAAAGCCUGUCUGGAUUUAUUAAACGCAAAAAGAUGGGAAAAAUUUACGAUUAUAUACGAAAAUAAUGACGAUCUGAUCCAGUAUCAAGAUUUGUUAAUAGUUCCAUCCAAAUACGACAGAAAGGUUACAUUAAGACAACUACCUCGAGGACAAACCUAUAGAAAAUUACUAAAAGAAGCAAGAAGAAAUGGAGAAAGUAACAUCAUUCUUGACGUCUCAGUACAGAAGCUGAAGCAGGUAUUUCGUGAAGCUCAAGAAGUUGGCAUGUUGACAGAAUAUCAUAAUUACAUAAUAACUUCACUGGACUUUCAUACAUUAGAUUUCAAAGAAUUUCAUUCUAGCCGAUCAAAUAUUACUGCUUUCCGCUUGGUAGAUCCUUCGCGUCAACAAGUAGCAAACGUCAUAAGAGAUUGGAUAUUUGGAGAAUUAAGAUACGGAAGACCAGAUAAAAGCAGACACGUGUUAAAGACCGAUACGGCUCUACUAUAUGACGCCAUACUCUUAUUUUCUCAAGCUCUUCAAGAUCUGGAUCAGAGCCAACCUAUCCAAAUUUUCCCAAUUGAAUGCACGCGGUCUAAAGUUACAACUUAUGGGAGGUCUGUGGUUAGUUACAUGAAAAUGAUUCACAUUGAGGGAUUGACAGGUGACGUCAAAUUUAACGACAGAGGACAACGUUAUGACGUUACAUUAGAUAUUGUGGAAUUACACAAAGGAGUAGUUACAAAGGUCGGGACGUGGAAUACGUUAAAGGGAGUGAACUAUACCAGGGAAAUUUAUUCAGCAUUCGGAGAUAUCACGCAGAUCUUACGAAACAAGACCUUAAGGCAUCCUCCAUUUGUUGUGAAGAACACCAAUGCAGAUUUAAAAGGUAACGAUCGAUUCCAAGGUUACUGCAUCGACUUGCUCAAAGAGAUCUCUAGAGUUUUUGGAUUUAGAUAUGAAAUCAGCUUGGUAAGAGACAACAGAUAUGGAAGUAAAAAUAAAAUAGGAGAAUGGAAUGGAAUGAUACGUCAGUUGAUUGACAGGGAGGCAGAUAUUGCUGUAGGAGAUUUAACAAUUACUUAUGAACGAGAAGAAGCAGUUGAUUUCACUAUGCCUUUCAUGAACGUGGGUAUCAGUAUUCUCCUAAGACAUUCUGACAACCAAGUACCUCAUUUGUUCACCUUUCUAUCACCAUUAUCUCUAGAAGUAUGGGUUGCUAUAGGAACAUCUUAUCUUACUGUCAGCCUUGUUCUCUACGUAGUUGCUCGUUUUUCUCCUUACGAAUGGAUUAGAAAACGUAGGAAUGACCCAGAAAGGGUUGUUCUAGAGAACCAAUUCAAUUUAUCAGCCAGUUUUUGGUUCACUGUCGGUUCAUUUACUCAACAAAGUUCGAAUUUAGCACCGAGGAGUUUGUCUACCAGAAUAUUAGCAAUAAUUUGGUGGUUUUUCACUCUCAUCACCCUAUCAUCGUACACAGCCAAUUUAGCAGCUUUUCUUACAGCACAAAGGAUGUCUUCUCCCAUCCUUACUGUGGAAGACUUGGAAAAACAAUCUAAUAUCCGUUAUGGAUGUCUAGAAGGAGGUUCGACAGCUACAUAUUUUAAGACAUCUGAUGUUCCGAUUUAUAAAAGAAUGUGGACGACAAUGGAAUCAGUUCAACCAUCACUUUUCACCAAAAGUGUCGAGGAAGGAAUACAACGUGUUCUGAAAGAGAACUACGCAUUCUUUAUGGAAUCUGCGGCGAUAGAGUAUGUAACUGAAAAACAUUGCAAUCUCAUGCAGACAGGCGGUCUGUUGGAUUCUAAAGGAUAUGGAAUUGCCACUCCAUCUGGAUCACCAUACCUUCAGUUAUUCUCGAGUGCAAUUUUAAAGCUUCAAGAAAAGGGAGUGUUACACGCUUUAAAAGAGAAGUGGUGGAGAAACAAAGACGGUCGAAAGUGCUCACCUAAGUCCAAUACACCAAAUAAUACUCCUUUGGAACUGGAUGUAGGAAAAAUAGGAGGACUUUUCAUUCUUUUAUUAGCAGGUGUCGGUCUGGCCUGCAUUGUAUUUUCUAUUGAAUAUUCUUGCAACAGGAGAAUACCCCCUAAACAACAGAGAUCGCUACAGUAUACCGAAUCACAGCUGUAAAUGUUCGAAGUUAGUGAAACAAUAUCAAAACAUCCAGCUUAAAAAAAAAGAACGAAAAGAAAAAAAAAAACAGACAGACAAACAGUUUAAAAAUAAAGAUUUUUGAAAAUGUAGUUUUUACAAAUUUUUAAAAAAAAUGAAAUUUAAUAAUGCCAAUAUUACUUGGGAUCAGCAACGUUACUGUGAUUUCAAACGAUAAAUUACAAGUACAAAGUAUUUUAAUAAUAAUGGACGUAUCCAACAUUCGUAUUGAUAAGACGUACUGAUUCGUACCGCCAUCUAGUUUCAACUCAGGCUACUAUAUCGUGUACAGAGAAAAUAUUUAAAUAUUUUAUAUUACCUUUCUU